AUGGUGUACUAUUUUACAGCACAAACAAAGAAUGGUGAUGAUGGUGAUGUCUUACUGGAUAUGAUUGCCACCACCGACUGUACACCAUACACAAUCUACAUGGGUAAAGAUAAGUUUGAAAAUGAUCCAUUAAUCAAACACUCUCACCCUAAAAACAUCUGGUUUCAUGUCGACAACCACUCAUCUGCCCAUCUUUACCUACAGCUUACUCAAUCACAAGUAAUGAAUUGGAAAUCAUUUGGCGAGUUCACCAUUGAAGAAGACUUGUUAACACAACUUGCCCAACUCACCAAAGCCAAUUCGAUCAAAGCCAACAAAUUAAACAACAUCACCAUCAUAUACACCCCUGUUGAAAAUUUACAUACGGAUGGAUCAAUGGACACCGGAACUGUAACAUUCAGAAACCCCAAACUUGUGAAACGUGUCAAGGUUGCUAAGCGAGAGAAUGCAAUAAUUAACAAAUUGGCCAAAACCAAGACAGAGACUUCAACUGCGGAGUUUAUCAAAUCACAAGAGGAGCUAGUGAGAGAUAUAGCGAAGCAGAGGAAAUUGGCCGAAGCUAGAGAGAAGGAAUUGAGUAUGCAAUAUGCUCAACAAAAGCAGACAAAUGCUGAUCCAUAUGCUGAUUUAUUCAACAAGGAUGAACUUGAAAAGAGCAGUAAUGAUAGACGACAAGAGAACUGGGAUGAAGAUGACUUUUGUGACGGCCCCAAGGGCACUGUGACCAAAGCUAACCCAAAACAACAACAGCAACAACAGCAACAACAGCAACAACAACAACUACUGAGCGAUAAAGACCAGAAAGCGAGUUCCUACGUAGACGGUAUUAAAAUUAAGGAUCCUGAAUUGGACAAGGUAUUAAUCAACCAGUUGAGCAUUUUAUUAACCACCGUUGAUUCAUCUUCAGUUGACUCCCAUUACAAACAGAUUCGUUUUAUUCACAAGAAAAUAUCUACAGAUCUAAUUGUCUUGAACAAUUACUUUGAAAAGUUAUUUGGGUUUAUUAGAUUUAGCGAUUUCAAAAACACACAUUCUGCAUUAUCCCCUAUUGAAUCGAUAUUUGCCAAGGAGCUAGACUUUAUUGCUACCGAGCUAUCUUUCUACGAUUUAUUCUGCAUUCAUUUGGAUAGCAUUAUACCAGAGGAUUUCAGUAUUGUCAACUUCACCACCAAGUUUAAUUGUGAUCCAAUUCUAACUUAUUUAUUGACAGUUAGAUACCACAAUAAAGGAGACCAACAACAAAUUAAAGCAUAUUUCGAAAAGGCUCCAUCGUCAUUACUAACCCUUUUUAAAACGAGAGAUUUUCCAAAAGGAUACCAUUGGUCACUACUACUCGAACACAUUCUUAACACUUCAUACUUCCCAUUCUUAAGCAAACUAAUCAUUUUAAGUUCCAUCAAGGCGUUUGAUUCAGAUCUUCCACCAAUCACAAGAUUUUAUCAAAAUAUAUUGAAAAUGUCAUUUAAAAGCUUGUUACAAGAAGUUGGAUUUGAAAAUAUCGUACCGGAAAAGUUACUUACUAGUCUCUUGCAAAUAAAGCCACAGGAAGUGGACCAAGGGAUAGCAUUGGUCUUGGCUGAGAUUCUAAUACCUGGAUCGCAGGGGUUCAAGUACACUGCACCACCACUCAGUUUACCCGAAUCAAAUGCCAAAGGAGCUCAAUUGCAGUCUUGCUUCAAAUCAAUUGAACAACUGGAAAACUUGCAAGUCAACUGGUACGAAGUUUUCAACUAUAUGCAACGAUUUUUAUUUGAAUCAAGUCAAAGAAAUGCUCAACCUUCUCCAGCCAGUGUAUCACAAUUUCUAUCAUCAUUGGAUUUCAAACAAGAUCCAAUUGAUAUUUUCCUCAAUUACGAGUGGUGGUUUGAUAAGACGUUAUUGUACAUUUUACAGACUAGUGAUGCAUCUCAAGGCGGUUAUGACAUUGCCUUGUCAACAAAUUUACUGUUGUGUUUUGAGGAGGAUCGUGAUGGUCUUGGUCUACCAUCCCAUUUGGGACGCAAUAUUUUGAAAUUCAUCAAUGUAGGUAAAUUGGAGUUGCAAGUCAUUACCAAAGUACAGUCGCAACAGAUACAGCAGAAUUUGAGUGACCAUGACCGUGAGUUGAAUGCAUAUUUAAAUCAAAUGUUUGACCGCGAUUACAGGAUAUAUCCCGAGUAUGUGUUGGCGGCAUCUUUAUCCGUUAUUGAAAAAACACCAUUUAUUAAUGAUUUGAUUGAUACUCUGAUUUACUUGUUGAUGGAUAGUGAUUCACCCGCAUUGCCCAAGGUGAUGCGCACAUUGCAGGAGUUGGGACUUGUUGUAGGCAAGGCUAUUGAUUACUUCAAAAACAGAUACACAUUUGCUGCUGCUGAAAAGACUGCCGCAGAGAAGAUUGUCAAUAACAAUGAAAAAGUUGCUGCUGCUAUAGGCAAAACUAUCUUACCUGCACAAAAAGUUGUUGCUGUAUGUUUGAAGUUGAACAUCUUGGAUCAAGUAAUGCAUCAAUUGUGGAGCACAAAUGUCAGGUUGGCUGUCACGUUACUCAUUGAGUCAACGUUUUUCAAUUACGAUUACAGAAAGGAACUUGAAUCUAAGUUAAAUGAUCAUCAAUUGAGGAGCUCGCUUUACCUGUCGCUUGCGGACGCGCUUGCAGAUAGAGUAAAAUAUGAUGCCGAAACUCUUCAACAACACAAUGAGCAACAGCAACAGCAACAGCAACAGCAACAGCAACAGCAACAGCAACAGCAACAGCAACUUCCCUUGCCAACGCCAUCUCCACAUUUGCCAUUGUUGAAGCUUGAAACUGUUUAUUAUUUGCUUGAAAAGUUGAAAAGCAGCAAUGGAUUGGUUGAUUUAGGAAAGUUGCAAGAUUUGCAGGUUCUGUUGUUGACAACUUAUCCAAGGUUGAUCAAUUUUGGUCAUGGUCACGACGAUGUCCUUCUUGCCAAUGAAGCGAAAUCGAGUUUUUUCCCUCCAUCUGUUGAGUUGGAAAUGAAAGAUUACUACUCAAAAUUGUACAAUAAAACCCUCGAUAUUUCCAAAAUGAUCAACCUUUUGAUCGCAAUGAAGGCCAGCGACGAUCCUCAUCAACAAGACGUGUUUGCAUGCAUCAUCCAUUCGUUAUUGGACGAGUAUAGAUUUUUUGGCGACUACCCACUAAAUGCAUUAGCGUCGACGUCGUUGUUUUUCGGAGUGGUUUUGGAAAACAAUUUGUUAGAAGGUACAGCGUUGACUGUGGCUUUGAAUUUCAUUUGGGAAGCAUGCAACAGCUCAUCCGAGUCGAAUAUGUUUAAAUUUGCAGUUCAAGCAUUGUACAAUUUCAAAUCGAAGUUGCAUGAAUACCCAAUUUACUGCAAACAUUUAUUGGAAUGUCGUUCUUUAUCGUCCCAUGGCAAAAUGUACCAAAUUGUUAAAGAUGCUUCCAAUGGUAUUCCUUGUUCUACUGCGCCCAGGAGCGGAAAUACGCCCACCAGCACUACCCCAGAUGUUGGACCAAGGUAUCAAUCUAUCAAUUUCGUUGAGCAAACUAUCGGCUCUGCCAAACAGCAAGAUCCACCAGAGGAAAUUAGGGACAAGUUGCUCUUUUCUGUCAAUAACAUGACUUCGGAAAAUUUACGUCUAACGGAAAUACGCGAAGUUUUGAGGGAGGGAUAUUUUGCGUGGUUUGCUGAUUAUUUAGUUGCCGAUCGAGCCAAGGCUGAACCGAAUAAUCAUGAGUUGUAUUCGAGUCUAGUGAAGGCCUUGGAUGAUGCCGUUUUCAAAGAGUACAUUAUGAACAUUACCAUGAAGGAGGUGUAUCAUUUGAUUCGAAACUCAAAAGAUUCACGAACUGAUCGUAACAAACUUAAGAAUCUUGGUGCCUGGUUGGGAAGGAUCACAUUGGCCGAGGACAAACCAUUGAGAAGGGACUUGAUUGCAGUUAAAUUUUUGCUUGUUGAGGCAUACGAUUUCGAUUCAUUAAGUUUGAUCCUUCCAUUUGUUUGUAAAAUCAUGGCUCAAACUGUCAACUCCAGGGUGUUCAAGCCGCCUAAUCCUUGGGUAUUGGGUAUUUUCCAAGUGCUAUCUGAAUUGUACCAAUUUGCCGAUUUGGUGUUGCAACUUAAGUUUGAAGUGGAAGUUUUGUUGAAAUUGUUUGACAUGAAGGUUGAAGAUCUUGAACCAAGCGAGUUGAUCAGAAAGCAUGACAAGGACCCAAACAGAUUGGCAGCUAAAUUCGGACUCUUGCCUCAAUCAGCUGGCGAGAGUCUUUCGUUGGACAUGUCGCAGAUGAAUUUGGAACAACCACAAGCAGCUGCCAAUUUCAAUAAUGUCGUGCAGUUGCCUUCAUUUGAUAAACCGUUCCAGCAAGGCCUUGCUCCUGGGCAACAGAUUUUGCCUCAACAGCAGCAACCACAACUUGGAUCAGUGCAAGGAUACCCGCAACAAGGGCAGCUGGAAUCGGGGUCGGAGACAAACUUUAGCAAUCUUGUUGGUAGUGGUAAUGUUACCCAGAAUGCAAACCUGAGAAGAGCUCUCCAAGCCUCCUUGACUCGAGCAGUUCGUGAAUGUACCGAGCCGAUUAUGAGCAGGGUUUCGGAGCCUAUCUUGGUGACAACCGAGUUCUUGAUCAAGAAGGAUUUCGCCACCGAAAAGGAUGUUGGCAAGAUCAGAAGGUCAUAUCAUAGAAUGGCACAGCAGUUGACAUAUAGCAUGGUUUUAUGCUCGGGGAAGAAGAUGCUUUAUGAUACUAUUCAAGUCGCAAUGAUGCAUUUCCUUUCCAACAUGAACCACGAAUUGUCACUAAUGGAACUAACCAAUGCCAUUCAAUCCAACGUGGGGCUUUGUGUUGACAUUGUUUCUCAACUAGUUUCAAAUAAGGUGAUUGAGUUGAUUGAUGAAAGAAUGAAACCGUACCUUAUGAAUCGCGAACGUCAUGCUGGUGACGAAUUGUAUGUUGAGGAAGGAACACCUGAAUAUUCGUUGAGAUUACCAGAACCGUUGGGGUUGAAUAGAAAGGGGUUGAGCUUGCAACAGUUGAGUAUCUAUGAGCACUUUGGCGAAGUGAGAAAUGAACUGCUUGAUGGUCUCCGUGCUGCUGGAUUAACCCCAACAGGGGCUCCAGCUACUCUUGCACAUCCUCAACCACAACCACAACAACUUGCACAACAACAGCAGCAACAGCAACAACAGCAACAACAGCAACAACAGCAACAGAGACAGCAACAACCACAACUUGGUCAAGAUUUCCCAGCACAACAACCAAGUUCUCUUGUCCAAGAGGAUGUCAUUUCUCUGGAACAAUUGUUCACUGCCAUUACUCGAUUAUGUGAAAAAGCUAUACAGUUGGUGUCUGAAGUAUCUCAAAGCAAGUUAUCCGACUUACCACCGAACCAUCCCAUCAAAACAACCUUAACCCAAGCUUUAGCGAUUGCUCAGAGCAAUGCAUUGAAAUAUCCCGAUUUAUUGCUUAGGGCGGCUCAGUAUACCGUCAAUUGCUUGUUUACACAAGUGCACAACAAUCCAAUGAGUAACGAAAUAUAUGUUGUUGUUCUUGACAAAUUGUGUGAGUUUUCCCCAUCGACUGCUAAGGAUGUGAUUUGGUGGUUGGUGAACUCACCUGAUGAACGGAAGUUUAACAUGCCGGUUAUUUUAUCGUUGUUGAAGGUGCAAUUGAUUCAGCCUAUAAAGCUUGAUGACUCAAUUAGUAAAUUGAUCAAGGAGUCGCACAGUCCUGCAAUUGUCAAAUUUGGUGCUAGUUUGUUGUUGAAUGUGUUCACUGCGGAGGAAUCGGUACGUCCAAUUGCAUUGAGGUCGGAGUUUGCAAAGACUUUGGAUGCGUUGCAUGAAUACAAGAAGUUGCCAUUAUCCAGUGAGGAGGAUAAGCAAGCUCAAGUUGAGGUUGACAAAUUGUUUGAAGUGUUGAAUACAUCGAAACCUGCAACGUCUGAAUUGUAUGCGCAAAUGGGUUAUGUUUUCACUGAAUGGGUAAGGUUGUUAACUCAUGGUGAUCAAGAUACUCGAGUGACUCAAGAACAGUUUGUUGCAGGAUUGGCCAAACUGGGAAUAUUGAGCAAUGCUGAUCAAUUCAAGACUUUUUGGAAGGCCGCUAUUGAUAUUUCGACACUUGUUUUCACUACUGAGCAAGAACUUCGGAGUAGAACUCAACAUGAAGCGUAUUUGUCGAUUGAUUGUUUGGCAGUUUUAGUUGUGAGGAUAGUAUUGAGUGUUGAAGAAGAAGGACAAGCUGCUCUCUAUUUGAGAAAGAUUAUCGCUGUGAUUGUUUUGAACUUGGUCACUGACCAUGAGAACAAAUUAGCUUGGAAUGAUCGUCCAUAUUUCAGAUUUUUCUCGUCAUUGUUGUCUGCUUGGAAUGAUGCAUCAGUGUUGGAUGCAAAUGCAACCACAAAACUUGAUGUUGAGUUUUAUUCAUUUUUGGGUGAAGUUUUCAAUUCGCUUCAGCCUAUUGUGUUACCUGGCUUUACAUUUAGUUGGAUUUCAUUAAUCAGUCAUCGUAUGUUUUUGCCACAGAUUCUUGAGUUACCUGAAAGAGCUGGUUAUGGUAUCGGUGUCAAAUUGUUGACUUCGUUAUUGAAAUUUCAACAAACGUAUCAAAACAAGGAUAGCAAUCGUGAUGUUUUGAAUGUCGUUUUCAAAGGCAUCAAUCGAAUUUUUGUUGGAUUGAUUCAUGAUUAUCCAGAAUUCUUGGUUGAAUGUCACUACCAGUUGGUUACUGCUAUUCCAAGGGGAUACAUUCAGUUGAGAAAUAUCGUGUUGUCUGCAACACCGAAAGAUAUAACUGUGCCAGAUCCAUUUACUCAAGGGUUGAAAGUUGAACGAUUGCCAGAGAUCAAUGAUGCCCCAGCUGUUUACUACAAGCCGAUUGAAGAUUUGGCAAAAGUUGGGUUAAAGAAGCCAGUGGAGAACUUUUUGCGUAUACCUGCACCUGGAUUAAUGAGAACAAUCUACAACGGACUCAAAUUAAACCAGCCAAAGAUUACUGAUGAGUUUGGAUACACUGAAACCAUUACAUUUAAUACUAAGUUAAUCAAUGCUUUGGUGUUACAUGUGGGGAUGAAUGCAGUUGCUGAAAAGAGUCCAGCCAAUCGUGGAUUCAAUACCAAGACAUCGCAAGUUUCAUUACUCGUUGAUUUGAUGAAUUUUGGAUCGAAUGAGUUCAAAUAUAUCAUGUUGAGCAGCAUUGCCAAUCAAUUGAGGUACCCCAACAGUCAUACUCACUGGUUUAUUGGUAUCAUUCUUCAUUUCUUUAGUUCAAAUUCGAUUUGGAAUUCGUCGACAAGUACCAAAUUGGCAGUGCAAGAAAUCAUUACAAGAGUGUUGUUGGAGAGAAGGAUUGUCAAUAAGCCACAUCCAUGGGGAUUGACUAUCUUGUUCACGGAAUUGGUCAAGAAUGAGAGUUAUGGAUUGUUUGAGUUGCCAUUUGUUAAGAAUUCGAUUGAGGAGAUCAAGACUAUAUUUGAUACCUUGUCUACGAAUGUUAAGGGAUAA